UUGCUCUUAAUUUUGCAGGCACCCAGCAUCAAGCGUGAAAUGACCUUCCCUGCAUUUCAACAGGAGGAUGUAAAAACUGACAUCAGUCAAAAACUGCCAGACCAACAGUUUCUCCUGUUCACCACAAAGGAGGAAGAUCUAAAAACAGCAGAGACCAAAAAAACAAGCAGAGUUCAUGAGUAUGAAAAGGAAAACACUCGUUCUGUUUGUCUUCUGGAACAGAAGCGCAAGGUUGUCUCUUCAAAUAUUGAUGUGCCUCCAGCAAGAAAAUCUCCGGAAGAAUUGGACAUGGAUAAAGUGACAGCAGCCAUGGUACUGACCAGUUUAUCCACCAGCCCUUUGGUUCGCAGCCCUCCCAUCCGGCCCAACGAAUCCCUAAACGGAUCUUGGAAAGAAGGAGGAUUUGUGCCUUCUAGUACCAGCAGCAGUGGAUACUGGAGCUGGAAUGCUCCCAGUGACCAGUCCAACCCAUCCACCCCAUCUCCACCUCUGUCAGCUGACAGCUUUAAAGCUUUUCGAACACCUUCCCAGCCAGAUGAUGGUAUUGAUGAAGCUGAAACAAGCAACCUUCUCUUUGAUGAACCCAUCCCUAGGAAAAGAAAGAACUCAAUGAAGGUGAUGUUCAAAUGCCUGUGGAAAAACUGUGGGAAGGUACUGAGCACAGCUGCAGGGAUUCAGAAACACAUACGGACCAUCCACCUUGGACGCGUAGGAGAAUCUGACUACAGUGACGGAGAGGAGGAUUUUUACUAUACAGAAAUCAGGCUCAACACGGACUCAGUAGCUGAUGGCUUAAGCAGCCUUUCACCAGUCUCUCCAUCUUUAGCAUCUCCUCCUUCCUUUCCCACCCAAGACGCAAUCCGUCCUGAAACUUCCUGUGCCAAAACUGAGACUAAAUUGAUGACACCUCUGAGCCGCUCAGCUCCUACCAACCUCUACCUCGUACACACGGACCAUGCUUACCAGGCCACUCCUCCAGUGAACAUUCCAGGGUCAACUAAAUUCACUCCCAAUGGCAGUAGCUUUAGCAUCUCUUGGCAGUCGCCUCCAGUUACCUUCACCGGCAUCCCAGUCUCACCAACUCACAAUCGUCCUGCCGGGAGUGGAGAGCAGAAGCAGUCCCACACAGUUCUUUCAUCACCGCCCAGAGUAGCGUUUGGAUUGAGGAAGCCGAGAGGGGAGGGGAAGAAGUGUCGGAAGGUCUAUGGGAUGGAGAACAGAGAUAUGUGGUGCACUGCCUGCCGGUGGAAGAAGGCCUGCCAAAGGUUCAUCGACUGAAGAGCGAAGUUAUGCAGAGGAUUUAGGGAUGGGGAAGGACAACGACAGGAGCAGAUUGCUACACCUGCACUGUAUCACUUCCCGUUUCCCUCCAGUGAUGUGGUGUUGGGGUUUUUGUUUUAUUAUUUGUUUUUCGAUUUGUUGGGUUGUUUUUUUUUUUAACAAAGAGAGCUUUGUAUUUCCAAGUGAAGCACUUGUAGCCAAGGAGAAGCACUAAUUAAAACCUGUGUGGAGCAAUAGAGCAAAAAAAGUAAAAAUAAAAAGCAAAAUAAGGAACACACAACAAAAUUCUGUCUUAUGAAGUAUUGACACCGGAGCAGCUAUCAGUGUUUUUCUGUGUGUUUUUUUUUGUUUUUUUUUUUAAAAAAAAAGGAAAAGUGAAUUCCUUGCUAACUCUUUGAGCUAUUUGCUCCUUUGGGUCAUUUUUAAUCAUUGCAGCCUCUUUGCUGCCAACGUCUGUAUUUGCUAAACUGGACAUUUUUUCUUUUCCUGAAACGAAGAUCUCUUUUUGAAAGCUUUCUAAUAAACACUUCAGAGUCAUAUAAGCUACAGUUUACUCAACAAAAGCUGUAACUAAGACUGGAGACUGCUAAAUAAUUCUCCUGAUACGAAUGAUCACGAUGAUGUUAUAUUUUUGGAAAGGGGCUGUGGGAAGGAGUUGGGAUUUUUGUUUGUUUCUUUCUAGGAGAAAAGAAAAGGCAGAAUUUUCCAGACGGACAAACUGCUCCUGGAAGGCUUUUAAACCAUACACAGACCAGCAGAGUGGAACGGAGUAACUCAUGUACCAGACUGGAUUUUGACCCUUUGGAGGAGGAGAAGCAGCAAUGGACAGUCACCAGCAGAUCCGUCACUGCCAAAGUGGAGGGAAGAAAUGCAAUGACGGUUGAUGGAAACCCGUAAGAAUAUAAUGGGGGUCCGGUAGCUUUUCUUACUACUCUUCCUGUUCACAGGGAGGAGCAACAGCUGGACCAGCACACGUGUUGCUGCAGGAGGCCUGUAAAGAGCUGGAAGAUGCACUAGGAUUCCAUGUAAUACCUGUUCAGGGACACGAUCCAGCCCAGCAGUUCUGCUCUUGCUUCCUUCUCUCUUAUUUCAGAGAUGGUUAAGAUAAUGGUUUGCUCAGCUUUUUUUUUUUCCUACAUAUUAAAGUUGCUAAAAUUUAUUUUGCGG